AUGUUCUUCUCUGUACUUGCCGUUCUGGCUCUGGCACUCCCAGUACCUGCCAUAUCAUCCAGCAACAACACAUGCACACCUGAAAAGAUUCAGACACGUAUUGAAUGGGCGAACAUGAAAAGUGCUGACCAGCAAUCCUACUUGAAGGCAGUAAAGUGUCUUAUGCAGCUGCCUGCUCGGACAGGCAUAGAGGGUACAGUCACAAGAUUUGACGAUAUGAAUGCCAUGCAUCAGGUCUGGUGGGACGAAACCCGCGAUGCGGGCAAUUUCAUGGACUCACCGCUCCUUGAUCCCGACACAGGAUUCGGCGGUAACGGGACUGGUCCAGAUAAUUGUGUCACUGAUGGUCCUUUCGCAAAUACCACUCUUCACAUUGGUCCCGGCCAAACCUUGACUGAUCAUUGCUUAUCCCGCAAAGUCAACGAGAUCAACAGUACCCUCGGCAACGAAACCUAUGUUCAGGAGUGCCAUGAUAAGAGCACCUACCUCGAUUUCUGGGAGGCGACCGGUUUCAAAACCCACGGUGCCGGUCAUAGUGGAGUUGGCGGAGUCAUGGAGGAUAUCGAUGCGAGCCCCGGAGACCCGCUCUUCUAUAUCCAUCACGGUUUCAUCGAUCGCCUGUGGUGGAAGUGGCAGUCCGAGGACCCUGCCAGUCGCUUAUAUCAACUGGGAGGCCCUUCCAUCCAGGGCGGAACUGAAGAGACGACUCUCGACUACGUCAUGACUACCUACGGCAUUCGCCCCAAUGUUACUGUCAAGGAGGUCAUGGAUAUUCAGGGCGGAUUUCUCUGCUACAAGUAUGACUACUAA